GCUCACGCGCCGUACGGAAGUGUGCUCUGGCGCACCGGAAGCCGUUGGAAGAGAGCGAUGGCGGGUUUGACUGUGAGAGACCCUGCGGUGGAUCGUUCUCUACGUUCGGUGUUUGUGGGGAACAUUCCAUAUGAGGCUACUGAAGAGCAAUUAAAGGACAUCUUUUCUGAGGUUGGACCUGUUGUUAGUUUCAGGUUGGUAUAUGAUAGGGAGACAGGAAAGCCAAAAGGUUAUGGCUUCUGUGAAUACCAAGACCAGGAGACAGCACUUAGUGCCAUGCGAAACCUAAAUGGGCGCGAAUUCAGUGGGAGAGCACUUCGAGUGGACAAUGCUGCCAGCGAAAAGAACAAAGAAGAGCUGAAGAGCCUUGGCACUGGUGCCCCUGUCAUUGAGUCACCUUAUGGAGAGACCAUCAGUCCUGAGGAUGCCCCUGAGUCCAUUAGCAAAGCAGUUGCCAGUCUUCCACCAGAGCAGAUGUUUGAGCUGAUGAAACAAAUGAAGCUCUGUGUCCAGAAUAGUCCUCAGGAAGCACGGAACAUGUUGCUUCAGAACCCUCAACUGGCUUAUGCUUUGCUACAAGCCCAGGUAGUGAUGAGAAUUGUGGAUCCAGAAAUUGCCUUGAAAAUUCUGCAUCGCCAGACAAAUAUCCCAACACUGAUUGCAGGCAACCCUCAGACAGUCCACAGCGCCGGACCUGGCUCAGGAUCCAAUGUGUCGAUGAACCAGCAGAAUCCUCAGGCCCCUCAGGCCCAGUCUUUGAGUGGAAUGCAUGUCAAUGGCGCACCUCCUCUGAUGCAAGCUUCUCUACAGGCUGGAGUUGCAGCACCAGGGCAGAUACCAGCCACUGUAACAGGACCUGGGCCUGGUUCCUUAGCUCCUGGAGCAUAUAUUGUUCCUUUGAGGAAAACAGAAUUAUUGCUACGUGGGAAGGACCAGACAAGGACUUAUGGAGGAAUGCAGGCCCAGGUUGGAAUGCCAGGAAGUGGACCAGUGUCCAUGGAGCGGGGACAAGGAACCCUACAGCACUCGCCCGUGGGACCCACCGGGCCUGCAUCAAUUGAGCGAGUCCAAGUGCCGAUGCAAGACCCCAGAGCAGCUAUGCAGCGUGGGCCCUUGCCUGCCAACGUCCCAACUCCUCGAGGUCUGUUGGGAGAUGCUCCAAAUGACCCACGCGGAGGCACUUUACUUUCUGUAACUGGAGAGGUAGAGCCUAGAGGUUACCUGGGACCACCUCAUCAGGGUCCGCCCAUGCACCAUGUCCCUGGCCAUGACAGCCGUGGCCCACCCCCACAUGAGAUGCGAGGAGGGCCGUUAGCUGAGCCCAGACCUCUAAUGGCAGAGCCAAGAGGACCCAUGCUAGAUCAGAGGGGUCCACCAUUGGAUGGCAGAGGUGGAAGAGAUCCCCGAGGCAUAGAUGCACGAGGGAUGGAGGCACGAGCCAUGGAGGCAAGAGGAUUAGAUGCUAGAGGAUUGGAAGCCCGUGCGAUGGAGGCCCGUGCAAUGGAGGCUCGUGCAAUGGAGGCCCGUGCAAUGGAGGCCCGUGCAAUGGAAGUCAGAGGAAUGGAGGCCAGAAGCAUGGAUACAAGGGGCCCAGUCCCAGGCCCUAGAGGCCCUAUACCUAGUGGAAUCCAGGGUCCCAGUCCAAUUAACAUGGGGACAGUUGGCCCCCAGGGAUCCAGACAGGUCCCAGUCAUGCAGGGAGCGGGCAUGCAAGGAGCGAGCAUUCAGGGUGGAGGCCAGCCUGGUGGCUUUAGUCCUGGCCAGAACCAAGUCACUCCGCAGGACCAUGAGAAGGCUGCUUUGAUCAUGCAGGUUCUUCAACUAACUGCAGACCAGAUCGCCAUGCUGCCUCCUGAGCAGAGGCAGAGUAUCCUGAUCUUAAAGGAACAAAUACAGAAAUCUACUGGAGCGCCUUAAAAGGUUUUCAAAACUACCUGGCAACAAAUCUGGAAAUUAAUUCCAUAACUUUGUUGAAAUGUUGCAAAAAGAAGAAUUCUGCAUCCUAACCCUUGAAUGACUCAAAUUGGUGCCAGGUGGAGGACUCCCAUCACCUUCUCUCAGAACAAAAUCAGUUCAUUCUGUUGACUUAGUUUGUAUGUUUUCUGUGACUUGAAAUAAACUUUGAACACAAUUUUAGUAUACUGCAAAUUGAUAUACAUGACCUUUUUGCUUUUAAAAGGCUGAACACCAAGGGUGAAACCUUACAUGUGUUUUCUACCCUUACUGCAGUAUUGUACUUUAAUAUUAUGUUGCCAUAGCUCUGUUUUUCCUUUUAAGUUAACCAUUUAUUCUUCUUGAUGAUAUUUGAGAAUUUCUCAGAAACAGUGUUUUCUGGAACUUAGUUCUGCUUAGUUUGCUUCCAACAGGAAUAAUAUUUGCCCUUUGAGAGCUUGCUAGAACUUCUGAGUCUACUGGGAGACAAUAGCAUGUGCUUAGAGCUGUAAAAUGGUCAGAAGGCCAACAAUGCAAAGAGCCUACCUAGGAGAGCAGUGUAUUUAGUUUAGAAAAAUCCAAAUAUCAAAAUGUAUUUUUUGGUCAGUACCAAGUCUAUUCACAUGCAUAGUUCAGAGUUAAGACAAAGAUGAUGUAUGAUCACUGGUUUGAGUGUGUCAACAACACAAGAGACUGUUGACAUUUUCUUGUCUGUUUUAAAACUCUUAAGUCUGGGUAGUCAACCUUAAAAGUUAAGAAAGCCACUAAUUUUUCACAUGUUCAAGGUGAAAUAAACACUGAACAGAAAUCAAACAAACAAAAUACAUUUCAUCCUGCCUUCUAAAUAAUUACUAACCUACAGCCCUACCCAGUGACCAAAUUUAUUCUGGGAAACUAAAACAUAGAAACUCUAAAACUUUUACAUUUUUCUCAUUUAUUUUAAGAGGACCAAAUGUAGAGCAUAAGCUGUGAGAUUGCCCUUUAGGCCUGCCCCUGCCUGCUUCCUUUCAAACAGGUGUGAACAUAAUCAGUGCCACUGGCUCUAACCUAUUGCUCUUCCAGCCUAGUAUUCUCUCUCAUAGUGGCAUUAAGGAGAAACAUGAUUUCUCUCCAUCAGGCCAACCUCAAGAGGUUAAGAGGUGCCUUAAUAAUUAGUAAAGUUCCACUGGAACUACUCCUGAGCCUAUUUAUGUUCACAGAGUCCUAGCCUCUGGGUUAGGAUUAUGGUCAAGUGAAUUAAAAGCCUGCCAUAGGCUUAGAGAAUGUAAUAGCAUAUUGCUUACCUGUGAAGCAAAAGAAUGCAAAGAUAAUCAACUUUAUGAGAGACAUUAAAAUUGAGGGAUUUUCUACUCUGAUAUGUAAACAUUUACUGCAACAAAAAUUUGCUGAAUAAGAUACUUGAUAUUACAACCUAGGAAGAAAAACUUGCUCAAAACAGCUGAGGAGCUUUCUAGGUAUCUUGCUCAUCCCCAGUUCAGGCUUAGAUGUUGAUUAUGUGUAGGAUUUAUUAUCAUUACCUUUUCUGCCUACUUCCAUGAACAUUCUAGGCCUUGAUAUGUUGAUUUUAGCAGCAGUCAUAUCUUGAAGUGUCAAUAUAUUUAGACAUUAAGACCAAGAGUACAGCCUUUCUCCUUAGGAACUCAUUAUAAGUUUCAAGAACACUAAGAUUCCAAAUCAAACUCACUGAAGAUCAAAUUAUAAUUUGGUCAACAGUUGUCUAGUAGGAACCAUAUCAUCAAGGUUCCAUUGUGCAUGUUCCUAAAGCCUUAUUAAAUUUAAAUUAGCUGAAAUCCGGGAAAUUGGUAACAGCAGGGGUAUCCCAAUCUAUUCCCAUGGAAACAUCCAUUAGUAUUUUUUCCUGAUGUCCAGUUAAUAAAUGAAACACAAUUAGCUACCAUGAGUUCAUGACCUACCUUUAUUUUGUUCAAACUAGUGACUGAAAAGAUUGGUUUUACUAAUCUUUCAAGUCAUGUAGGUUUCUGGAUAAUUAGAAACAAUCAUUUAUUCAUUUUUGCUCACUUAAUGGUAGAGAAAUAGGUGCUAUAAUGUUGAUUCAGUAAAAACAUUCUUGUAAAUCCAGUGAUUUGAAUUGUCUUUGGGCACAAAGAAAUGUGGAUUAUUUUUCCUCUUUUAAGGGCCCCGAUCUUCUUUCGUUCUGCUGUUUCACUGUGACUACUGACAUCCCAGAGCCAGGUGAAUGGAAUAAAUAAAAAGCAUUUCAAUAGGAGAAAGAAAAGGCAUUUUGCUGAUGUCAUUAGGUGAAUGAUUCCUUAAUGAAUGGGUAUAUAUGAGCCAAAAAAUGUGUUGUCAAAAUUUUAAAUUAUCUUUUUUUAAGACUAGACAUUAAUAAAACCCCUUGAUAAAAAUGGCAAUAAAGAAUCCUUGUUGACUAAAUAAUCAUCCUAAGAUGGAGUUCAAGUUUUCACAAUUAUUUCCAACAGAACAAUGCAAGCUAAUGACAACAUAACUGACUUUCAAUUAUAAUACAAUUUCAAUUAUGAUUAGCAUACUUCCAAGAUUUUCUUUCCCAAAUGGAGAGCCUAGGUAAAGUAACAAAAGAUUUAUUCAUUAAGCAAAGAAGAAAAUCCUUCAUUUUUUGACAAGCAAAAAUAAGUAAAGCAUAAAUUGCUGUUCACACUGGAUAAGACCAUGUUUAACAGUAAGAAUGUAUAUAGUGUUAUAUAGGUAUUGAGU